ACAGGAAAUGAUCUCACACCACCAAUCGCUUUUAAUUUGAUGUUUCCUACACAAAUUGGACCUACUGGGGAUUUUAAGGCAUAUCUGCGUCCCGAAACAGCUCAAGGAAUUUUUGUUAACUUUAAGAGAUUGCUGGAGUUCAACCAGGGCAAACUACCAUUUGCUGCCGCUCAAAUCGGUCUAGGCUUCCGCAAUGAAAUCUCUCCAAGACAAGGGCUGAUUCGAGUUAGAGAGUUCACCAUGUGUGAAAUUGAGCAUUUUGUUGACCCGAGCGAUAAGAGCUUUGCGAAGUUCAAAAAGGUUCAUGCAUAUCCUAUGCUGCUAUUCUCAGCUUGUAACCAAAUGGAUGGCCAACCGGCAGAAAUGAUGACCAUCGGAGAAGCCGUUGGAAAGGGCAUCGUAGCCAAUGAAACACUUGGUUACUACAUGGCUCGAACCCACAUGUACCUCGUGAAAGUGGGAGUUGAUCCAAGAAGACUUCGGUUCCGACAACAUCUAGGAAAUGAAAUGGCUCAUUAUGCACAGGACUGUUGGGAUGCUGAGAUUCUGACAAGCUAUGGAUGGAUUGAGUGCGUUGGAAAUGCUGAUCGUUCCUGUUAUGACCUCACACAGCAUUCCAAAACUACCAAUGUGAAGCUUACUGCCGAGAAGAAGCUACCCGAACCAAAAUCAGUUAAUGUUGUAGAGGCAGUGCCCAAUAUGGCUGUGUUAGGAAAAGAGUUCAAGAAGGAUGCUAAAAGGGUACAAAUUGCGCUUGCUCAACUCCCUGAAGAUCAGGUCGUAGCUUUGGAGAAAGAGCUGCAAACUAGCGGCUCAUACAACUUGGUAGUGGACUCCGACGAGUUCAAGUUGACAUCUGCUAUGGUGAACGUGAAACGGGCUACGAAAAUG